AUGACAGAUAUGAAAGUAAAACCUAAUGACAUUAGCCAAGUAUUUAAAAAAAACGUGACUGUUAAUGCAAAAAAUGAAGAGGAAGAUCAGGAAAAUGAAUCGUUUUACUCCACAAGAGAAACAAGUGAUGAGGUGGCAUUUACCGAUUUCAAUACAUGCAAUUCAAAUAGUACACAUCACACCAUUUACUUAAAAAAUCACAUCCCAACUGAAAAUAUCAAUAAUACUCAGAUUUCUGAUGAGACAAAUCUUACUUUAGAACAAAAGCAUCGUUAUUGCGGCACUUAUUUGUUGGGAAAAUCCUGCUGUCAUUAUUAUUACUGUCGCAAGCAUUAUUCUUGUUAUUGCUUCUGUGGUUGCUAUAAGAGUAAGUAUAAAGAUGGAGAACCUAAUGGAGAUGAUGAAAGUUCGUUUAAAAAUUAUCAAAAAACUACCACCUUAAUUAAAAAAUGUAUCCUCCGAAAUUGCAACAUGACCACUAGUAAUUUAGUACACAAAAAUCUUUUUUUUUAUUAUCAGUUUCAAGAAGAAAAACAUUUUAUAAAAACUGUGGAAAAUCCAUUUUAUUAUCAGAAUAUUGAUGAUUGUAGCUUUUCUGAUAAUCUGACAUCAACUGGUAAUGCAGUUUAUGAUAAUACUAAUAGUGAACCAGCUUGUCCAGAGAAAUCGCUAGACAAUAAAAACCAUUUAAAAUUGAAAAAAUGGAUACCUUGGAAAGUACAUGGUUUCAUUAACUUUUUUAAGAAUUCAAGAGGAACAGUGCUAUUAUGUUUUAUGUUAUUUACUUUUUUAUUUUUGAUAUUAGUUCCUCUGAUUAAAUUGGCAAUGAGGAUAAAGAAAAAUUAA